AUGGCCAUUGAGACGCCCAAGGUCAACGGCACCACCAACGGCACGGCCACCCCGGCCCCGUUGUCUGUCAACGACAACAUCCGCCGCUUCUCCCCCGCCAGCCGGCCCUUGAGCCCUACCGCCGACUACACUCUCUUCACCAACAAGACAAGAUGUUUCGUCUACGGUCUGCAGCCCCGUGCCGUCCAGGGCAUGCUCGACUUUGACUUCAUCUGCAAGCGCGAGAAGCCCUCCGUUGCCGGUAUCAUCUACACUUUCGGUGGCCAGUUCGUCAGCAAGAUGUACUGGGGUACCAGCGAGACCCUCCUUCCCGUCUACCAGAAGGUCGACCAGGCCAUGGCCAAGCACACUGAUGUUGACACUGUCGUCAACUUUGCUUCCUCGCGAAGUGUUUACAGCUCUACCAUGGAGCUGAUGGAGUUCCCCCAGGUCCGCACCAUUGCCAUCAUUGCUGAGGGUGUCCCCGAGAGACGCGCUCGUGAAAUCCUCUACGUUGCCAAGAAGAAGGGCAUCACCAUCAUUGGCCCCGCCACUGUUGGUGGUAUCAAGCCUGGUUCUUUCAAGAUUGGUAACACUGGUGGUAUGAUGGACAACAUUGUCGCCUCCAAGCUCUACCGCAAGGGCUCUGUGGGCUACGUCUCCAAGUCUGGUGGUAUGUCCAACGAGCUCAACAACAUUGUCUCCCAAACCACCGACGGUGUGUACGAGGGUGUUGCCAUUGGUGGUGACCGUUACCCCGGUACCACUUUCAUCGACCACUUGCUCCGUUACCAGGCCGACCCCGAGUGCAAGAUCCUUCUGCUGCUCGGUGAAGUUGGUGGUGUUGAGGAGUACCGCGUCAUUGAGGCCGUCAAGAAGGGCGUCAUCAACAAGCCUGUCGUCGCCUGGGCCAUUGGUACCUGCGCUAGCAUGUUCAAGACUGAGGUCCAGUUCGGUCACGCUGGUUCCUUUGCCAACUCUCAGCUCGAGACUGCCGCCUCCAAGAACAAGGCCAUGAAGGAGGCCGGCAUCUUCGUUCCUGAGACCUUUGAGGACCUGCCCAAGCUUCUCAAGUCCGUCUACGAUGACCUUGUCUCCAAGGGCACCAUCAAGCCCGCCCCCGAGCCUGCCGUUCCUAAGAUCCCCAUCGACUACUCGUGGGCCCAGGAGCUCGGUCUCGUUCGUAAGCCCGCUGCUUUCAUCUCCACCAUCUCCGACGACCGUGGCCAGGAGCUGCUCUACGCCGGUAUGCCCAUCUCCGAUGUCUUCAAGGAGGAGAUUGGCAUUGGUGGUGUCAUGUCUCUUCUGUGGUUCCGCCGCCGCCUCCCCGACUACGCCAGCAAGUUCUUGGAGAUGGUUCUUAUGCUCACGGCCGACCACGGUCCCGCCGUGUCUGGUGCCAUGAACACCAUCAUCACCACCCGUGCCGGCAAGGACCUCAUCUCCGCUCUCGUCAGCGGUCUCUUGACCAUUGGUUCUCGUUUCGGUGGUGCCCUGGACGGUGCCGCCGAGGAGUUCACCAAAGCUUUCGACAAGGGUCUCAGCCCCCGUGACUUUGUUGACAACAUGCGCAAGGCCAACAAGCUGAUCCCCGGUAUUGGUCACCGUGUCAAGUCGCGGAACAACCCCGACCUUCGUGUCGAGCUCGUCAAGGAGUUCGUCAAGAAGCGAUUCCCCAGCUCUAAGCUCCUCGACUACGCCAUUGCUGUCGAGAGUGUCACCACCUCCAAGAAGGACAACCUCAUCCUUAACGUUGACGGUUGCGUUGCCGUCUGCUUCGUUGACCUGCUCCGCAGCUGCGGUGCCUUCACUGGCGAGGAGGCUGAGGACUACCUCAAGAUGGGUGUCCUCAACGGUCUGUUCGUUCUUGGUCGGUCUAUUGGUCUGAUUGCCCACUUCCUUGACCAGAAGAGACUGCGGACUGGUCUGUACCGUCACCCUUGGGACGACAUUACCUACCUCCUCCCCAGCCUUGCUCAGAAGGCUCCUGGGGCCGAAGGUCGUAUCGAGGUCAACCUAUAA